AUGCUCGCCCAGGGCCUCAUGCCCGACCAGCCACGGGUGCCGUCUCCACGGCUACGAUCCAGCGACAGCGACCUCGACUCUGAUCCGCUGCGGUCAACAGAAUCUAUCCCGCUCGCGCGGCACGACCCCGAGACGAUGCACCGGAGCGUCGAGUCGAUCCCGCUGUCGGGCGGCACGCAGUCGCAGCGCUCAUCCUGGCAACGGUCCUCGUGGCAGCACGCAUCCACGGCAGGACAUUCCGAGGCCGCGAUCGAGCAUGCCCGCAAGCAGCGCAUCAGCCAGAACCCGCCAGUACCGGGACGACCAUACCAGCCCGGCCGCUUCAGUCCGAUCCCGCCACUACCGGAAGUGGCGAGCUUGCUCUCGUCAAUGGUGUACUCUGAGAGCAGCUCGAGUCCGCGCAGCGUCGAGCCGGCAGCGGACAGCUCUAGCGGAGCCGAGACGAGCAGCCAGCUCGCGGCGAUGAGCAGCCAGGCAGGACACAGCCAGCAGUCGCACCGGACACGGUCGCCGUUGCCGCCAGCCGACGUGCCUGUGACGCCGGACCUGGAGGGGAUCAGCCAAGCAGUGACGACACCGAGCUACAACCCGGCGAGCGCGAUCGAUCUGCGGCGGUACUCGUUCCUCGACGUCGACCCGACCGAGGUGUCCACCCCCGCUAGGGGCGGGGGUGUGUCGACAUACUCGUCGCCGAAUGUGCCGAGCAGCGGCGGGAAUCGGCUCUCCGUCCCGAGCAUGGCGUACGGCGGCCGCCGCAUCAGUGGCAUGAGCGGCACGGGCUCGGAGCUCAGCGGCAUUAUCACGUUUGGCGGGUCGCCGUACGGCGCGCACUCGGACCUGAACGACUCGGGCAGCCUCCGCCCACCAGGUCCUCUGUCGGAUGACGGCAGCCGGUUCGGUCUCGGUCCCCCGAUCCCCUGGGGUAAGCGCGACUCGGCAACGCCCCGCAGCCUCCGGCGAGGAGGACGAGGUGGACAGCGAGCUUUUCGCCCUGGCCGCGCGGGCAGCAGCGGUGGAGCGGAUGCUGCAGGCGGGCAAGCGUGCGUCUCUCAUGACGACAAAGUCCUUCGUGAAUCGGUGGUCGAUGAGCACGCGCCUCUCAACAACAAGCAAGCGGCGGAAACACCGGAGCGCGACGUCCAGCGACAGCCCUCAUCGGCGGCUUAG